AUGGCUUGCAUGAAGGCGGUAAUUAUCGGUGUGUUGCUGAGUAUGGCGACGGCGGAGCGGCGCUUCCCGGACGGGUUCAAGUUCGGCACGGCCACCUCCUCCUAUCAGAUAGAGGGGGCCUGGAACGUUAGCGACAAGGGCGAGAGCAUCUGGGACCGCUUCGUGCACACCAGACCGGAGGCCGUCAGCGACCGGAGCACCGGCGACGUGGCCUGCGACUCCUACAACCGGUGGAGGGAGGACGUUCAGCUACUCGAGGACCUUCAUGUGGAUUACUACAGAUUCUCAAUAUCGUGGCCGCGUCUGUUGCCGACGGGGUUCGCGAACCGCGUGAGCGAGGACGGCGCGCGCUACUACGGUGACCUGAUCGACGCGCUGCUGGAGAAGGGCAUCGAACCUGUGAUUACGCUCUACCACUGGGACCUGCCGCAGACCCUCCAGGACUUGGGGGGUUGGACCAACCCACUCAUCACGGAAUGGUUCACGGACUACGCCCGAGUGAUCUUCGACCUGUACGGAGACCGCGUCAAGACCUGGCUCACCAUUAACGAACCCGUCGUCGUCUGCGAUGUCGGGUACACCGGCUACAUAGCUCCAGGGCUGGAGUCGGAAGGGCGCGGGUCGUAUCUGUGCACCAAGCACAUCCUGCUCGCGCACGCGAAGGCCUACAGGCUCUACGAGGCGGAGUACAAGCCUCUAUAUCAAGGGCAGGUGUCGCUGACCAACCAGAUGAUGUGGUUCGUGCCGGAGACUGAAGAGGAUGCAGAGCUCACGGAACUUGUUAAAAUCUAUACGAUCGACCGGUACUGCCACCCCAUGUUCUCGGCGGCGGGGGGCUGGCCGCCGGCGCUGGAGCGCCUCAUCGCGCAGCAGAGCGCCGAGGAGGGCGAGCCGCGCUCCAGGCUGCCGCCCUUCACGCAGGACGAGAUUGACCUGGUUAGAGGGUCGUACGACUUCCUGGCGCUGAACCACUACACGACGCGCACGGUGCGGCGCGCGGGGGAGGGGGAGGUGGGGACCUUCCUGGUGGACGGGUUCCGGGAGCUGGGCGUCAUGCCGGGCAACAUCCCCGAGUGGCUCACCAGCACGCCGCACCAGCCCGAGGUGCACCCCGGGGGUAUCCGCGCGCUGCUGGGCUACGUGAAGCAGCAGUACGGCGACGUGCCCAUCUUCAUCAUGGAGAACGGACUGACGGACCUCGGGACGGCCAUCGACGACCAGCCCCGCGCCACAUACUUCAGGAACUACUUGGACCAAGUGCUCCUGGCCAUUGAAGAAGACGGGGUGAACGUGAGGAGAUACACCGUCUGGUCGCUCCUGGACAACUUCGAGUGGGUGCACGGAUACCAGCUGCACUUCGGUCUGCACCGCGUGAACUUCUCGUCGCCGCAGCGCACGCGCACGGCGCGGCGCUCGGCGCGCUACUACGCAGCCGUCGCGCGCACCAAGGACCUCGACGCACAAUACCACUUCGAAAACAUAGCCGACGAGUUGUAGACAACAUGGCCGAUGAGUUGUAGACAACAUGGCGCUGGUUAAUGGGGUUGGCCGGGCGAAG